GUCAACAUGAAUGCUCUGACUGUGAUUUCGGUGGCGGCCCUCGUGGCUAGCGGCAGCGCCUCCUUGCUUGCGUACAACGGCGUAUAUGGAGGCCAUCACGGCCUUCUUGGCGCCUAUCCUUACGCAGGGUAUUCUGGUGUGGUGCCCUACGCAUACGCAGGUGGCCUUCCCGCAGCUGCUCCCCUCACCAUCAAAACACCUAUAAUCAAGACCUUGGCUCCUACACCUAUCCCUUACAACGUGGCUCCUGCACCUGUCUCCUACAACGUAGCUCCUGCACCUGUUUCCUACAACGUAGCUCCUGUGGCACCUGUAGCACCUGUUCAGUCUCAGUAUCACGCUCAGGAUGAGAUCGGUCAGUACUCCUUCGGUUACGCCGGCGGUGCAUCUUCACGCGCUGAGUCUCGCGAUGCCUUCGGUGUUGUCCGUGGUUCGUACAACUACGUGGACUCUGAGGGCAAGAUUCAGACUCAGCACUACGUGGCUGACGCCCUUGGCUUUCGUGCGUCCGGCACCAACCUUCCCGUGGCUCCCGACGCCCCUCUGGCCGCCCUCCCCGGCCCCGUCCCCGUACCCGUCCAGGACACUGCUGAGGUAGUCGCCGCCAAGCUCGCCCAUUUCCAGGCCUACAACGAAGCCGCCGCCGCCGCCGCUGCCGCCCCAGACACCCGCAAGAAGCGUUCCAUCCUUGCGGCUCCCGGUCUCGGCGUCUACUCUCCUCUCCGUUUCUCCUACGGAUUCUCCACUCCCCUCCACUACGCCCACCCAACUACCUAUGCUUCUCCUCUUCACUACACUGCCGCCCAUCCCGCCCUCACCACCUACAACGCCGUCCACGUCCCCACCACCUACGCCGCCGCCGCCAGACCCGCCCUCCGUGACGCCGAACUCCUCCGCGUGGUCCACAACCCCGCCCACGCCACCUCCUACCGCGUGCUCAACUGAGUUGGAAUCCAGUCACGUGAGGUGUGACGAACGCAUUUGAUGAGGUUUGACACCUCACUAUUUGUACAAAGAGCGAAUUAUGUAUGAUCUAUUAAAUAAAAUGAUUUCACUGUCA